UGACAGAGUGUGUAAUGGUUGGAUUCCAAUUGGUUUGUGUCAGAUCAGGGGUGGGGAGGCCCCCAGGUGCUUUGUUGUUCUGGAAUAGUCCUGGAGCAAAGCCAGACCACCAGAACAAUACAGCCACUCUGAUCCACACACUUUAGAAGAGCCUGACCAGCUUUGAUUAUUGUGAAAAACAUUGACAUGUGGUUGGAGUGUUCAAAUAUUUCAUAAGUGGUGGCUUUGGGUCCUGUUGGACAGGUGGGAACACGACACAGAGCAACAAUUGGAAGGAUGAGGCUUUGAUGGUGUUUAUUUGUUCUUCGUGAAAGGAUCCGGUGUAUGGAGGGAAUAUAGUAGACGUUUGAUUCCCACACACGUCAUGGUGAAGAGGGAGAAUGUGUCACUUGCCUUGUUUACCUGGUGACACAAAAGAAGAAGGAGGCCCACCAGAAGGGAGUCCCUCCAAAUCUGUAUCCACCAUGUCCCUUUCUGUGCGCCCCUCGCGGAGGGUCGUCGCCAGAUCCAUCACUAGGAGCCAGUCCUUCGCCGGAGUCAACUCCUACGAUAAGUCCUACAGGAACCUUACUGUGUUCAGCACCCCGGCGUGUGUGAGGAAGACUCCCUCCAGAGCAAGCAGGAUGUUCACGCUCUCUACUAAAUCACCACCCCCAAAGGUGCCCCAGCCUGAGAGGCUGGACGAGGUGUACGAGGCCCUAAAAAGAGGACUGCAAUCCUACCUGCAGGUCCAUCAGAUGGAGCUGGACAGUCUGAAUAGACAAAUGAAGGAGUCUAAGAGGAACUCUCGCUUGGGGUUUUUGUAUGAACUUGACAAGCAAGUGAAAGUGAUUGAGAGAUUUAUGAGGCGGCUGGAGUUUCACCUCAGUAAGAUUGACGAGCUCUAUGAGGCCUACUGCAUGCAGCGCAGACUUAGAGACGGAGCCGAUAAGAUGGUGAAGGCUUACACUGCCUCUCCAGGCAGCAGGGAGGCCAGAGAGAGUCUGUCUGAAGCUAACAAGAGCUUCAAAGAAUACACUGAGAAUAUGUGCAUGCUAGAGAGUGAGCUGGAGAACCAGCUGGGGGAAUUCCAUGUCAAAAUGAAGGGCUUGGCGGGUUUUGCACGACUUUGUGCUGGAGAUCAGUAUGAGAUCUUUAUGAAGUACGGUCGCCAGCGGUGGAAGCUGCGGGGUCGGAUUGAAAUCAAUGGCAAACAAGUGUGGGACAGUGAGGAGAUGGUCUUCCUCCCCCUUAUCACAGAGUUUCUGUCUAUAAAGGUGACAGAGCUGAAGAGUCUGGCCAAUCAUGUGGUGGUGGGAAGUGUCUCGUGUGAGACGAAGGACCUGUUUGCUGCCUUGCCCCAAACAGUAGCUGUGGAUAUCAAUGACUUGGGAACCAUCAAACUCAGUCUAGAGGUCACCUGGAAUCCAUUUGACAAAGAUGACCAAUCGUCCUCAGCUAGCACCGUGAACAAAGCUCCUACUGUCAACAAACGCUUCUCUACCUACAACCAGAGUCCUCCAGACACACCCUCUCUACGAGAGCAGGCCUUCUAUACAGCCCCACGGAGCAUGAUAUCCAAACAGCGCUGGUCCUUACUGGACGUGUUCAGAGACACACUGACAGAGAAACUGACUCAGAGCUGCUCUUGCAGCGAUGUCACCUCAGUCCGCCUGGGAACCUCUCUGCUUUCCAGCCACAAUAUGUUGAGGAGACAAGAAGAGAUGGAGAACGGAACGGCAUGGUCAAACUCCUCCGAAUCCUCUGAUGAUUCCUCUAGUCCUCAGCUUUCCUUGGGAAUGCGUCAUGCACACAAGAACUUAGUACAGCCUGAGGUACAAACUGCUCCUCCUGCCAUUGAAAUCUCAUUUGCACCCCGCGAAUCGGCAACCUCUACUCCCACCCGCCUGGCCAAUCAAAAAGAAGAGGAGGAAGAAGAGGAGGAUCUGAAGAAACCAGCAACAGUCACCACAGAGGCUCCUGUAAAACAGGAAGUGCCCAAUGGCCAUCCCCGCUAUUCUCGGUCCCUUAGCCAUAUCAGCGAGAUCAGCGCAGAUGGUGUUUUGACAGACAGACUGGCUGGGGAAUCCGUGGAGGCCGCUGAAGUAACUUCGGAGGUCUCUUCAGUAUUUGUAAGUGACACUGCCGUGGAUAUGCCCCUCCGAGCAGAACUAUGUUUUGUAGUACCAGACACUCAGGAGAUCUGCCCCAUUCCUGAUCCCUCCACAAGUGAGCCAUCCUGUCCCACUGAGCCACUGAACUGUAAAGUAGAAACUAGCUCUCCUGCAGAAACCACAGCUUGUGACUCGGCUGAAAAAGCUACAGAGCUCACGUCUAGGCCCUCCUGUGGAGACAAAGACUCUUCCUCCAGUGCUAAUGCUUUGUCCCAGCAGAUGAACAAUGGUGCUCCUAGGACUGAUUCCUCUUAUGAGGCACACCUCACAAAGACACAAACGGAUGACCUGCUGGCAGAGAAGUCUGGUUCUUUAGUAGACACCAGACCCAUGGGUGGUUUGGAGGAACAAUCAGCAGACAGCAAUGUGGAGGAGGCCCUUGGUGCCGUUUUGUCCUCCCUUGAUGACUACAGAGGCCAGUUCCCAGAACUGCAGGUCUUAGAGCAAGAGCUGAAGCUGUUGGAGGAGGCGCUAACAGUACGAAGUCGCAGUCGCUCAUCCAGUGUCAGUUUGACAGUUGAGACAGCUCUUGGAAGCUUUGACUUCCUCAAUACUUCAGACUUGGAGGAUGAAGAGGAGGAGGAGGAUGACGAAAGGCAGAAUGUGACAGACAGCGCAGAGGAGCGGCCAGCGGCUGUGGAGAGCGCAGGAGAGGAUGAGGGCUGUGAGGCGCGAUGUUGGGACACUCCCUCCGGACUCAGCACAGGCUGCCCGGCUCUAGAUCACACCCUGCUGGUCCAUCUGAAGAACUGCAGCUCACAGCUUCUGAGGUUAGGCACAUUCGGGCCUCUGCGCUGUGGAGAGAUGUACGCCCUGGACCGACUUCUCAGGGAGGCGAGAGUCCUCGAGCUCAUUCGAUGGGUUGUGAAGGACUCAAGGGGCGGAGUCAUCCAACCAGAGGAGGUUGUUCCUCAGUUAGAUCAGUGCCAAGGGGCUGUGUUGCUAUGGCGGCAGUGCACGGAUGGCUGCAGUGUGUACAGCAGCUCCACCGAGGCCUUCUUACAGGCGCUCAGUGUCGCUUAUGCCAGCAAACUCCCAGAAAGAGGAGUCGGCUUCACAGACACAGUGUUUCUGCGUCUGCUGGAGCGGAUCCUGGAGAGGAAGCUGCCCAGGCGUGCAGGAGGUGCGUCCAAAGAGACUCUCACCCUUUUCCAGUUUUGGAGCUACCUGGAAGCAGAGGGGGUGAAUGACUUGGACACACACAUUCCUGAGCUGGCUGAAGAAGUGUGGCUAGUUCAAUGCCUGCAGUCUGGAGAUCAGGAUGUUCUGGUAAAAUCUUUGAAGAAGCCUCCAGAGUGUAGUCUGAAGAGGGAGGGCUUGCGGGCAGUCAGUUUGCUGCUGAGGGAUCCGAGGGGGAAAGUGUGCAGUGCAGCCAGCUCCCUGCUGCGAAGUCUAGCUGACCAAACCCGCCACAGAGAGAGGGCUCUGGUGAGCUGUCUAGAGUUGCUGGAGGAUGAAGGCGUUGAGACGCGAGUGUGUGGAUGUAAAGCACUCGCAUGUCUGAAGGCCAAAGAGAGCAUUGAGCAGUUGGUGUAUCUGUGCCGAACAGAUAAGGAGGAUGUGAGGGAUGCUGCCAAACAAGCUCUGCUUGUGCUAGGUGAGGAGGGGAAGAUGGCCCAUCGACACCUUGAGUCCUCACAAGAUGGAAUGUCCCGCCUUUUUGCACCCGGCAGUAUGGCCAGUACGGCUUUCUAACACAAUCAACUGGCCGAUACUUGUCAAAAACAAUGUACUUGCGUCUUAGUAUCCUCACCGUCAUGAUCAUGCCGAUUUACGAACUAUUAAAUGCACACUUAAAAACUAUCAAACAGUUUAAAAUGACACAAAUCAGCGUAAUCACACUCUUACAGAUAAGAGUGUCUGCAUUGUCCUCAAAGACAUGGACGGAUGCUAUACAAUCAUUAGACAAGAGGACUUGUAUGUCAGUCUGUAUGUUAUUAAUGUUUUGGACAUGGCCUAAGAUGAACUACUGUAAAGUGAUGAGGUAAGAUACAUAGGUGCAUUUGGGUUUAUAAACAAUGUUUUGCUGCCUUAAGUUUCGGCCCAAUGGUGUUGCCUUCGUGAUUCAUGGAAUGAAGCUGGACCCUAGUCAACAAUACAAGUGAUGACUGAUAGCGAUGGAGAUAAAGUGUUCUUUUCACUUUAUCGAUGCAAGUAGGCAGUGACUACCUGCAGAGUACAUAGAGAAUCUGAUUGUCCACUUUGUGAAGAGUGCUUAUGUGUGUGUACAUAUUGAUUGGAGAAUGUAUGUUGAUAGCUGAGAAACACCUCAGAAAGUAGGAUGGGGAUCUUGGGAAGCAUUUCCUUAUUAAUCCCAAACUUUCAUAGGGACCUUGUUGCCAUAAAAGUGUAACAGUGCCAUUCCAUACUGUCAUAUUCUUUACUGAUACAGAAUAUAUAUCUAUAUCCCAUUGGAAGUGUAAAUGUUUUGUGUUGUAAUUUAGUUUCAAUGUUUAAAUGCUCAAUAGCAAAUGCAGAUCUGAUUUGAUUCACCAUGCACUUCGCAUUUAAGCCACUGGCAAUGUAAUAUCUGCUGUAAAAGUGGUGAAGCUGUUUUAUUACUUUUUGAAGAUGUCAUCAUUAUUAUGAGUGAAAGCUGUAAACAGUGGUGAAUAUUGCCUUUUGCGAUAGGUUCCGACAACCUCUCCGUGCUUGUGAUCUUAAGAAUGGCCAUAGAUCAUGUUUGACUCAGAGCAUUUCUCCAGUGCUGCUAGACUGAAAGGUUCUGAGUUGGAACCAGGGAAGGUUCGUUCAUUUUUACAUAACAUUAUUUUCUAGUUCAAUCUGUUCCAGACUUCAAUAUGACAAAGAACGCCUCUUCAGUGUAUAAGUGCCUCAAAUUAGUAUGGGGAGCAAGAGAAUGAGAUAGAUAGACUUUAUUUAAAACUCAAGACUGCGGUUUAGGAUUGCAAACUGCAGAACAGAUUUAAAUAUAUUUUUCAUUAUUAUCUACAGAUUGUGCAGCAUUAAAGAACUGAUUUACUUUUGAUUUUUUUUUUAUUUACUCUAAAUAUGUAUAUUGUCUGACAAGGAUAUUGUUGACAUCAACUGUAAAGGAAAUUAUUAAAAUUAUGAACACUAAAA